AAUAACCGCGUCGCGAGCUGGUGGAAGCAUGAGAUUUCCGAGUGGCUGUCCAACACCCCGCCACGACAAAAGUGCUCGGCACCGCGUUACAACGACGAGAAGCGUCUAUCCCGUGUCACGUGUACGGUGGAUCCAUUGAGGGACGAAAAUGGGUGCCAAUCAGUCGACCAGGAACCUGCCCACCCCCGGCGAAGAAGUAAACUUCGAUCACUUUCAAAUUCUACGCGCCAUCGGGAAAGGAAGCUUCGGCAAGGUGUGCAUAGUGCAGAAACGGGACCGUAGCGGGAACAUGUACGCGAUGAAGUACGUUCACAAGGGCGAGUGCGCGGAGAGGGGCGCGUUGAGGAACGUCGCCCGUGAAGUCGAAAUCCUCUCGCGGCUGGAGCACCCAUGUCUGGUGAACCUGUGGUUCAGCUUCCAAGACGAGGAGGAUCUGUUCAUGGUGUCCGACUUGCUUCUCGGUGGUGACCUCAGGUACCACAUCCAGCAGGAAGUGGUCUUUACAGAAGAGAGCGUGGUUCUAUUCGUCGCGGAAAUCGCUCUGGCCCUCGAUUACCUGCAGACCCACAAGAUUGUUCAUCGGGACAUCAAGCCCGACAACAUCCUCCUGGACGAAGAAGGACACGCGCACGUGACGGAUUUCAAUAUCGCGACGGUGCUGGAGUACGGUGAACUGGCAACCUCGAUGUCAGGAACAAAACCGUAUAUAGCGCCAGAAAUUUACAUGUGUUCCUGCGAGGAGUACGGUGUCCUUGGCUACGGUUUCCCCGUGGACUGGUGGAGCUUGGGAAUCCUGGCUUGGGAGACCCUCUCUGGAGAACGUCCUUUUCCCCUUCACUCGACCACGUCGCACAGAGAAGCUUUAAGGAUCCUACAGGAGGAAAGGCCUACGCCAGCCGGCUGGAGCUCCUCGAUACGCGAUCUCCUCCAACGGCUGUUAACCGUGUCGCCGGGUGAACGGGUGUCGACCCUGGAGGAGCUGAAGCAAGUGAGCAUAAUGAGGGACCUAGACUUCGACAAAGUGUUGAACAAGCAAAUCAAGCCCGUGUUCACGCCGCCGAAGGACCAUCUUAAUUGCGACCCGACGUUCGAGCUCGAGGAGAUGAUCAUCGAGACGAAGCCACUGCACAAGAAGAGGAAGCGACUCGCGAAACAGAGAUCCCUGAAAGUGGAGCAUCCCCUCGAGGACACCCUCGGACUGGAAGGCGCCGGGCCGAGCGUGGAUCUCAGGAGAUUAGCAUACAUCCCUGAAUACCGCAUAUACAACCGGGAAAGGGAGUUAGAGAGACAAGAGAGGGAGAGGAAGGAGAAGCAAUGGGAAGAGGAACUGAACACUGCCAUGAUGGGUGCCGAAGAAAGGCUGAAAACGAAGCAACAGCAGCCAUGACCGCAGCGAGCCGGAAACCGGCUGACCGUCUCGACGGCGAACG